GAUAAACGACGGGUUAUUCAGGUUUGCAACAUCAUAUAUCGGUCGAAUCGUACGAUUUCACUUGUGUUCGUCCUAUAUUGAGGUCAGACCGGUCGACGUAACCAUGCACGACUGUACACAGAGUAAAGCCCAAACAUCCGACACGGGUUCCUAGAUGGAGAAUAUGGGGUAGUUUACAAAUUUAUACAAGAUGUGCGCUCUGGCCUCUAAUUAAUUGGACAAUACUCUUCUUGGCGAGUAAGAUGCAUUUUCCAGAGGCACUAUCCAAUACCGGCAAGGACACAGGACUACAGGGGGUGUUCUCUAUACACUAACACUUGUCUCAGCAGGAGGACACAGUGGAAAUACGUCUGGUAGGAAAGAAGACAAAAUGGCGGACCAGGAAAGAACAAGACUUCUGAAGACACACACGAGACGCCCCCCUCGACGACCAUACUGUAAAGUGGCUCUGGCUGUUGUGUUGCUCGCAGCGCUAGUAUUUAUAUUCAUCCGUGUCCAUAUUGCGUACGUCACAUCCGCUACCGAUACUUUCUCUGCUACAAGCCAAACUGCGCAACACAUAUUUUCACAUUUCUUCCAAGCGCAGUUGAAGUUAUCAAAACAGUUACAGGAUGGAACAGAAGGUACACAUAUAAUGAUCGAUUUUGAAUGGAACUCGAAUGCUAAAACUAUUACAUAUCAAGAAACUCAUACAAGUAUUUCCGAUUCAUCUUCACACGAUAAGAUGAUUAGCAGGUUUAUAUACGCCAACAAUUCGGCAGUAUAUGGUCUGAUUUAUGGUACGGAUGAGGAAUGGUUUUGUCGAAACGACACAGAAUCAGUCGAAUGGCUAACGGUUAUUAAAAUCAUUCUCCAGAAACAGGCCGUAUUAUUUACUGGAAGACAAGCAAACGAUUCUACCUGUACAGGAAGCGAAUUUUAUACAACAGAAGGACAUAUAGUAUUGUGUAUCCAAGGAUCGCGAUUGGUUUAUAUUGACCACGGCGGAACACGCGCCAUGGUAACGAAAUGGAACUCGCGUUCGUCUGACGUUAUCAAACUACCUCAAAAGUUAGAACAAUGCAAUUUUAUGGACCCGAAUAUACCACAUCUACAAGAAGGUAUCGUUUCAACUGACGAUUAUAUCACAAAAUCAGAAAAUACACUCCUGAAGACAAAACGAAGGAAACAUUGUUUAUUCAUUCACGGAGCAGGAGAGCGACCGCCAACAGACAGCUAUAAAGACAUGGGAGCUUUACCGAUCUAUUGGGGGAGCUUCAUUGAACAUUACACUCCCCAAUGCCUUACACGCAGAUUUAUGUGGUAUAAUAGUAUUGACCGUGGUUGGGACGAUACAAAAACGCAUGAAUGGUUUUGUGAAUUUGCGAUCGGCAAUUCGAGUCGGCCGAUUUCAAACACUAUGCUAUUUACCCACUCUAUGGGUAAUUUAGUGGUUGCCGCGGCAUUCCAUAGACGUAUCUGUAAGUUUGACCAUAGAACAAGUAUUUGGUACUCAAUACAAGCACCUUGGAGAGGCAGUAAAGUCUCGGAUGAGCUACAAACUCUUUGCUCAAAAAAGAAUUUUGGAACUAAAAUUACAUAUAUUGUGUUAAGAGAGCUACAUUAUUGUGAACCAAAUAGCAAUCACCCGUCACAUGCGUAUGUGACGAUGAAUACUUCAUACAUUUCCCCUACCGGUGUAUCAUAUAAUGACCUUAUACGAACGGCCAAGCGUCACAUAUCCGGUGCUGUGUGUGGAACGAGCGCUUUCGGAAUGGACAUGUCUUUCUCCAUGAGUGCUCGUUUACACCUUGUGUCCGCAUACACACAACUUUCACUUCCAAACGACGGACUUGUAGCAUUCGAAAGUUGCAAUAUCAAAGGCGAGUUUGACGACAGACCAACUAGUCAUUUCUACAGAGGACGGUUCAAUCACGCCGAAGGAACAUGCCGUUUUGGAGAACGGAAAACGUUUGCAAAUCCCAGACAGCAUCCGUGCCGAUGGUACUGCAAAUAAGGUUUUAAAAAUCAUUGAGGUUGGGCAAGUUUACAUUCCACGGGCUUUCCAUUGCAAACAACAUUCAUGUCUAUUUUUCACCAACUCUCUGUUGGUAUAUGCUUCUGAUUAUUUUGAUAUACAUGUUAGAUGAUACUGUUAUUGACGGUGACUUUCAGUUUAUACAUGUUUUUAUUUAAUUUGUACACGGAAGAUCUAAUGUAACACAUUCUUGAUAAUAAAUGUUAAAGAAAUAGA